AAAGCAUUUUUAAAGAGGAACAUUAUGCAUAGCGGAACAAAUUGUUUUGGUGCUUUGUUUAAAAAGUGAUAUUUACGAAAGCUUCUCACUUGAAUGCUGAACUGUAAAGGUGAAAGAUGAAGAAAAUUGUCUUGCUUUUGUUGCUUCUUGCAACUGCAUAUUCGUACCGGCUUGAUGAAGAAAAACAUGACUUUGAUAACGACGAAUAUGAAGAUGAAACUGAAGAUAUUGAGAGACCGCCUAGUGGUAAAGAUCCUUUUCAUUUUUUUCGAAGAUUCUCAAGUCGAAGAAGAAGAAGAUCAAGAUACGUGAAGCAAACCAAGCAACAUUUUCCUGUGUGGAGAGGAUUAUCAGUUACAUACCGAAAGUUUACAAAGAUGCCAAUGCGUACUUACCAAGCAAGAAAAAUGGGGUGGGUAAAAGAAGAAGACGGGUGCAGAGAUGAUUUGUUUUAUGUGGGUCAGCGGUAUGUUUACCGACAAGCUGGAGAUCAGAAAAACUGGGAUCGAGGCACUCUCCUUAUUUACGAUGUCCGCGGGUACAUUGCUGGAAUACAAAUGGAGAUUCCUGCUGCAAACAAUAUCGAUCAGUUCAAUCGCUUUCCACCUUUUGUUGUGGGAAAAACUGGCGCUCGCUACUUAACCGCUUACUUUACUGAUCCACAAAAUAUUUGCAACAAGAAAGUUCGUAGAGAUCCUAGAAUGGUCGGAGACAGACUUUUAAUACUAAACAGUAACAAAACGAUGCCAGAUGGAUCUCUCAUAAACAUACCAUUAAAGGAGAGUUGGAUGUAUGGAACAUUGUGGAGCAAAGGCGGAUGUGUACCUGCUAUGGGGCGGCAUUACUUCUUCAAUAUGACAGCGGACAUGAAUUGCUCGGAUUUUGUUCCGAUGUUUUUGCUCUACAACAAAGGUGUACUAAACGGAUUCGGUUGGACAAUGGGAGGUCAUAUUACCAGUUCUACUGGUAGAUUGGAGUAUGCUCCAAAUGCUUUAUUAAGAAAAUUUUUUGAACCAGGAAUUGAAUGGCCAGUAUGUUUGGACGAUCGAUCAGUUUCACAACCAACCGUUUCUUCUCAGCACGUCUACUUGGAUAUAAACCCUCAGAAGAAUUUGUGUUAAAAUUUUUCAAAUCUUAUUUCUGUAAAUUUCGAUUAUGUUGCUAGUUUCUAAAUAUCAAUCUUUCGAUUA